CCGCAGCGAGAGGGGAAAGACUGAGAUUCAACUGAACUGGGAACCAUAAAAUUCCAACCCAAAAAUAUGGAAAUGAAUAGUCACCGACCGUUUGUCUACACAGCAAGUCUUCUUGGGGAUGGAUUCUAAGUUCUUUCUGCAUACAAAUCAAAAAUAUACAGACUGAUUGAAAAUGGUGAAAUGCUAAAAGAGUCACAGCCGUUUGGGGACAAUGCUUGAGAAUGGAUGAGAAUUACAAGGGGAUAGUCACUGCAGUUCCCGGGUUUGCUCGUUGGAUUGACCACGCCAACCAGAUGGAAAUAUAAGUGAACACAGGGUCACUGUUCCAGUUGGGCAUGUAAAUAUCACUGCGCUUCAUCUGGAAGAAAACUGUAUUCGGAAUCUCAAAACGCAAAGAAAGUAACGUUUGGUGCAUUAAAAAUUCCAUUGGAGGGAUGUCAUCUGCUUCCGUUGCUUGGUAGCAAACCAUCUGUUUCGAAAAACGGGAAUUGACACUUCAGGGUGUUACUAUGGGUGAUGUGACGGACGGAAAAGAAAUAAAAAGGGCCUUUAUCGUUCCAGCUAUAAAAGCUUUUGAUCAUUAUGAUUUUAAUAGGGCUAAAAUCUGUUGUAGCCUGACAUGGCUGGUGGCCAAAGCCUUUGGGACAGACAAUGUUCCAGAGGAACUAAAGGAGCCCUUCUAUACAGACCAGUACAGCCAGGAGCACAUUAAGCCUCCGGUGGUGAACCUGCUGCUGUCAGCGGAGCUGUUCUGCCGCGCGGGGAGCCUCAUCCUGAAGAGCGAUGCGGCUAAACCCCUGCUGGGUCACGACGCCGUCAUCCAGGCCCUGGCCCAGAAGGGCCUGUACGUCACCGACCAGGAGCGGCUCGUCACGGAGAGGGACCUCUGCAAGAGGCCCAUCAAGAUGAGUGCCCAUCUGGCCAUGAUUGACACCUUGAUGAUGGCGUACACGGCGGAGAUGGUCAGCCUGGAGAGGGUGGUGUCCUGCCUGCAGAAGUAUCGCCUGGACUCAGAGGACGAUGUGCCCUACGACACCGAGGAGGCGGUGACCAGCUGGAUAAACAAGGUUAACGAAUACUUGAAAGACAUCAUCACUCAGGAGCAGAAAAUGAGAGAGCCGUGGAGCGAAGAGACGUCUGGCCCCCGGGUUCGCUUUAGGAAGGAGCAUGCACUGCCCCGCCAGGUGCCAUGUUUCCCCCCAGUGGACAACCUCCUAAAGGACAAUACAGACGGCUGCGCGCUGGCUGCCCUGGUGCACUUCUACUGCCCUGGCGCUGUCCAGCUGGAAGAUAUUUGUCUGAAGGAGAUCAUGUCACUGGCCGACAGUCUGUACAACCUUCAGCUAAUCCAGGAGUUCUGCCAGGAGAACCUGAACCGCUGCUGCCACUUCACACUGGAGGACAUGCUCUAUGCCUCCUCUUCUAUAAAGAAUAAUUACCUUGUGUUCAUGGCUGAACUGUUCUGGUGGUUUGAAGUGGUAAAACCCUCCUUCGUCCAGCCUCGUGUUCUAAAUGUCAAAGACCCUGCCCUGCAGUUGACAGAUGUGCCUACAGUGCCCAUUUCUAACGACACCAGAGAAAGCUUUAUCAACACACCUGCUAGUCCUAACCAGCCCAGUCUGUCACUCAGGCCACAACCUAAGACCUCCUCUUCAGGUGUUAUAAAACGAUCAACCUCAAUGUCUUACAUGGAUGGGUGUGUUGGGACAUGGCCGAAAGAGAAAAGGUCCUCGGCUCAUGGGAUAUCCUUCGACAUCCCGUUUGACAGAGAUGACAUGGCUCGACCAACUGUCGGGCGAGGUAUGAGCAGGUCGGCCAGUACAGAUGGGCUGGGCCACAGGUUCACUCAUGCCCCUCGGAACAUGAGGCGAAACCUGUCCUUCCAGCCAGUCAACGGGCAGAGCGGACGAGGCAUCGAGGAGGAGGUGGGCCGCCAGCCAGGGUUCUCAAACGGGCUUGCGCUAGAGGAGGAUGGACCCUCUGGGGCUGCACCCAGCAUUGAAGAGGCUCUGAAGAUUAUCCACAGCCCUGAGCGGCCCGGUGGUAGCCUGGCAGCAGACCAGGCUGACAACGGAUUCUUUCUCCACGGGCAGGACAGCGAGGACGCCGUGGGUGCGAAAGGCCAGGCAGGGGACGACCAGGACUCAGCCUCCACAGAGAUGGACACGGGGAUCCACGUGCGAACAGAGGACAUCCAGGAUGAGGACUCUUCCCUGAGGGACUACACGGCCAGUAUGGACUCCGACGCCGACCACGAGUAUGAUCCGGGGCUGACCGGACACCAGGCACACGAUGGCUCAAGCCCCGCCCCUAGCUCUCUGAGCGGGCCGUCCCGCGCCGGGAGCUCCGCCUCCUCUGGCUCCGGCGGCAUUCGCAUGACCAGCUUCGCUGAGCAGAAGUUCCGGAAGCUCAACCACCACCACCCUCAUGGCGAGAGCAGGGGCAGCGGGCCUGGCUCUGUGAAGACCACACCGGAGAACUCCGAGCUCAAUAUUCCGCACUCGGUGGCUUGGGCCCCCAUGCCCGAAGAGAGGAGCCCUGUCCGCGCCACUUCCCUGCCUCCCUCGCCCCGGGACCCCACCCAGUUGCUGGCCUCAGAGAUGCUGCAGCUGAAGAUGAAGUUGGAGGAGAAGCGGCGGGCCAUCGAGGCCCAGAAGAAGAAGGUGGAGGCGGCGUUCACCCGGCACCGCCAGCGCAUGGGCCGGACGGCCUUCCUCAACGUCGUGAGGAAAAAACCGGGCGGGGCCUCGCCGCUCAGGGAGGAGGCGGCAGGCUCGGAGACCGGCAGGCCUCCCGCGUCCCCCGACGGCGAUGCCCAGUCCCACAGGGCAGCCGAGGAGGAUGGGGAGGAGGAGAGCGCACGGCUGGGGCAGGGCAAGCAGGAGGUGCCGGACGGGGCAGAGCAAGGUCACAGAGGGUGGACGCGGUCGCCUGGCGAGGAGGGCGUGACCGGGGAGGCGGAUCUUGCGGAGUACACCCGCUCCAUCGAGAGACUGAACACCUCACUGAGCUUCCUGCAGACGGAGAUGCAGCGAUUGGCUCAGCAGCAGGAGGUGAUUAUGCAGAUGAGGGAGCAGCAGUCCUGGGCUGCCUCCCCAACUGCCGGUCCCACUCCCUCCCCGCAGAGGCAGGUGCGUGAGCUCCGGGGGUCUGUCACCCGUUCCACAGGCUCCCUCUCGCCUGUCCUAUCCUCCACUGGCUCUCCGCGCCCCUCUCAUCGCUCCCCCACGACCAUCAAGAGAAAAUCAGCCUCCUUCCACUCCCGCACGCCACGCACCCCCAGGCCCAGUGAUCUGAAGAUCACUCCCUUCAGCCGGAUGCUCAACACCCCCCAGUCUGUGGACAGCCUGCCUCGCCUGAGGCGCUUCUCGCCCAGCCAAACCCAACUAAGCAGCUUCGCCUACUUUGGGCACGAUGAACCGACCUCCUCCCCUACUUCUGCCCCCACACAUACCCCGCCCCCUGAUCCAGCCCCUGAGCCAGAGGAGCAAGAUGGCCCCACGGAAUUCAAAGCAGACCAGCCUAACCCCCAGACAUCUGUGGGACCAGCCCCUUCUCCAGCCAGAGGGAUGUGGGGAGUGGAGAGGGACACGUGGGCACAGGGGCCAAGCAAGCCGAAAGUGCCCACCGUGUCAGAGGUGCUGACCCAACCCGUCGCAGAGGCGGUCAGGGUGACCCCGGUAAAACAUGACCACACCCUGAAUACUAGCAGUAGGAACCUGAUCGAGGUGCCCCUUUCUGUACUGAAGCCCCUGGAGGCCCAGACGAUGGGCAACAUCUGCAGCAGCAGUGGAGAGGGGGACCCCGUUGCUGAGAUCCUUUCCAGAGACCAGAAAAUCUGCUGUGGGUUCUUCUUCAAGGAUGACCUACAGGGCGAGGAGGACAUAGCGCUGAAGCGGGCGGCUCUGCUGGAGAAGAGGCUGCGGAGGGAAAGGGAGGCGCAGCAGAAGAAGCAGGAGCUGGAGGCCGAGCUUGAGCAGAAGAAAGAGUUGGCUAGGUUGAAAGCAGAGGAGGAACGUGAGAAGAAGGAAGACGAGAAGUUGAGGCGGGAGUUCAUCAAGCAGGAGUACCUUCGAAGGAAGCAGCUAAAGUUGAUGGAGGACAUGGACUCAGUCAUUAAACCGCGGCCCGCCAGCAGCAAGCAGAAGAAGCCCCGGCCCAAGUCCAUGCACAGGGACAGUGUAGAAUCUCCCAGGAUCCCACCCAGAGCAGCAGGUACGCGGCCUCGUGUCUUUUCGGUCUCAAGCCUGUCCCUAGCCUCACUCAACCUAGGGGACAAUGACAGCGUUAACUCAGACAGGAGGACGCCUAGAAGCAGUAAAUUAGCCUCUGGCAAUCUAUACUUCUUUCUGAACUCUCCAAAAGUGAAAAAGACAAGACCAGACUCCGCUGAUGGCUUCCUGUCCCCCUGCCUGCUGGGAAGUGGGAAUGGAGAGAAGGAUUGGGAAAACGGCUCCACCACGUCAUCGGUGGCGUCAAACACGGAAUACACAGGGCCCAAGCUGUACAAGGAACCAAGCGCCAAGUCCAACAAACACAUCAUCCAGAAUGCCCUGACCCACUGCUGCCUGGCUGGCAAGGUUAAUGAGGGUCAGAAGAACAGGAUAUUGGAGGAAAUUGAUAAAUCGGAGGCCAACAACUUCCUGAUCCUCUUUCGAGAUGCGGCCUGCCAGUUCCGUUCAAUCUACACGUACUACCCAGAGACCGAGGAGAUUACCAAACUGGCAGGCAUUGGCCCCAAGUCCAUCACCCGCAAGAUGAUUGAGAGCCUGUACAAGUAUAACUCGGACAGGAAGCAGUUCAGCCACAUCCCCGCAAAGACCAUGUCAGCCAGCGUCGACGCCAUAACUAUAUUCGGCCACCUGUGGCAAAUCAAGAAACCGUGCACACCCAAAAAGCAUUAACACUCAAGUCUUAAUAGAAGAAGGAAGUUUUCUUGCGCAGAACCUUCACGUUCAGUUCCUAGUUCACUGCACAUAUUUGUUUGGAUUUGCACCCAAAAUAGACGAUAUACUUUCGUAUGAUUUUCUUUUGCCUUUUUUUUUUUUCUGGAGCGGCAACUGGACGCAGAACUCUUCCGACGUUAUGCACAACUGGAAUGUAGAACACUAUUUAAAAUGAUUCAACUGACUACAUGUUUAAGUGCGUGAGAUUGUGGAAGCUCUGGUUAAAUGUAUUGAUGCGCGCCCCGCGUGCAUGUAUGUGUGCUCGUGCGCUUUUCUGUAUGUGCCAAAAAAAGUUAGGAUUUGGAUGCCAUGUUCUUGAUUUUGAACACUUGAAGCACUGAAUGUCAAUCACAUGUACAGACGGAAUUUUUCAUAUUAUGCUAACAUUUGUGGCCUUAUGCUUAUGCUUGUUUUAUUUUUUAAUGUGGGUGCUGCGAGUUUGUAUGGUUCCAUGAAAAGGUUUUGUAUGUUGCCAGGCUUAUUGCCUUUGUGUGGUUGGAACAUGUCUUGUCAAGUCUGCAUAAAUGUGUCAUGUGGCUAGUUGACGAAAAUGGCUUCACCACAGUGAGCGGAUUUGGGCUGCUAUGACUUUGCCCUUAGGUAAAAGUAAUAUAUGGUAAAAUAUAAAAUCCCAGCCGGAAGGAAUAUAUUUUAAAUACAUGUCAAACAUAUUGCAAGUAUAAGAAAAUAUCUGCAUUUAAUUUUAUACAUUGUUUUUAGAGUAAACUGAAAACUUGCAUUCAGUGUAAGAUGUAAAAUGUAUGUUAUUCUUUAAUAUGUUAGUAUAUUUACAAAGGACAUUCCUUAUAUUUUGGAUGUGAUGUUUUGCCAUAUAUUUACAGAUAUUACUUUUCUCAUUAGGGUAAAUAAAUACAGAAUGAUAGGCCACUGCUGAAUUUCAUUCUAGAUUGCAAUAAAACUGAGGCCGGACCCCUCCCCAAUUGUAAUGUAUUGGUCAUAUAACUGUACAGGUCAAUUUAAGGCUGUUAGAAAACAAUUAACAAUAUAUUACUGCCUAUUAAAUAAAAAGCAUUGUUAGAUACAUUAAAAAACAGAUGGUAAGCAGUAUAUACAGGUAUACCAUUUUCGUUGUGGGCAUAUUGAAUUGUCCAGGAAGUUUACAUAUUAUUUAAUGUUAAAUCCUGACAUAAAAUUUAAAAAAUCCGAUUUUUUUAAAUGUCCAGAUGAAGCCACACUUAUUUUUGAAAUGCAUUACCUUUUUAAUGCCUGUUUACCAUCUGUCUCCUAAUGGCUAAAAUAAUGUAUUUAGUAGGUAGAAAUGCAUUUCACUGUUGUUUACAGUUUUAGUUUGUCCAUUAAAUUCAAAUGUCCUUUAAAAUCACCUUUUUAUUAGAUUUAAUGUGGCUUGUAAAGUCCCCUUCAUUAACAGUGUUGCAUAAAAUGCUUCCAUAGUAAACAAAAAAUGUUGAUGAUUAAAGACAAGUUUGUGCAUACUGGUAAUCACAUUUUCACUCAAAAUAGAUGGAGUAGAUAAUAUUAAACCAUAGACUACGUGGUGAUAUAAAAUAAACAAGAACUGUUUUCAUUGAGAAAAUACAGGUCUGUUCAGUCAUUAAUAUCAUGGAUGAAGUAAGCUUCAAAAUAAUGUACGUUUUAAAAAUAAAUCUUACUGUAAAAUGUGUAGAUCACACCGCAAUUUCAGAGUAUGUGAAAAUAAUCAUCAGUUUGUUAAAUAUCUCAUUCUCUCUGGUAAACCACUUGAUACCUUAAUACAGUUUGAGUUCUUAUCAAGAGUGUUGCUUGCAACGGUUGUUUAAACCGCAAACAUAUCAGUAUCAGGAUAUGUACUUUUCUGAGUUACUCCUUAAACCUUUUGUUUUUAAAACUUUUUUUUUUUUUUGCUCGGUCCAUUAAGUGUUCAUUUACUGUCCAUCUAUCUUGAUGUAAAAAGCAUUAUAUUUGUAACACUGUGUAUAUCAUUAACAAAGAGAACCUUUGUCCCUUUUGCCAUCACACUGUUUUAAAAACAUGCAGACUGCUAACAACUAACAGUCUGUUGAGACCUUGCUGGAGAGAGAUCUCAUGUUUAGUUUCUUUGUUAUUCUUCCUGAAUGAAAAUUCCCCUUCACAGUUGUAACUAAUGCCCCUCCCAUGCUAGCCAGCUUUGUUCACUCACUGAGCUGUGCAUUAAAUGCUGCUGGAGGAUUGCAUUGCUGGUGCAGGCAGAUUGAAGAGGCCACAUUUCCAGUACCAGAGGUGGCACAAUGAGGUGGGAAAUUCCUUACCAACCAGAACCCUCCCUUCCCAAGCAACAAUGCAGCAAAUUAUGAGUUCAUUUUCAUGUUCAGGUUCAUUUUCUAUGAGGAUCAAAAUGGGGAACAAGCCUCAUUGAUUUGUUUGUGGCAUCAACACUUCAUACUUUUACAAAGAGUGAGUCAUGGGAAAUUGCCUGCAGCUGUCUGUUGAUGUUGAUCAUUCAUGUUUUUUUUAAUCAUGUUCAUGUGUUUUUGUUAUGUAUGUUAUUUUUGUAAAUUUGAUGAAAUUAUAAAAAUGCACAUUUUCAUCAAGAGUGGUGGCUCUGAAUUAAUUUGUUGGACUAUUUAGGCCAUAAACUAUGCCAAAUUCAGCUUCUAAAUGCAUGGAUGCCAGAAAGUAUGAUGCCAUUAUGCACAGGGUAUUGGGGAGAUUUUUUUUUAACGUUUUCACUGAAAGUAAAACCCACUGCAACCCCGCCAUUAUUUACACAUGGAUUAGCGUAGGUCAGAAAAUAUAAAAUGCAGAUGUCACUAACUGGUUUCACAAGCAUAUGAAGUAGACCUAUGUUGUUUCAUAAUAUAAGCAGGGUUUACACUUCUUAGAAUCAGAAAGUUAUCUUCACUCAAGAUCAAAUAAAAUAACGCAGAGAAGUUCAUUCCAUAUAGUUUGUCUAAACAUAUGAGUGUUGUAGGCUUAUGUCGUCCAGUCAUUAUUUUUUAUGAGUUAGCCUACCGCAGCAUUACUCAACUCCCAUGUCCUGCAGGCUGUAGUGUCUGCAGGUAUUUGCUUCAACUGUGCACUACACCACCUGAUUUUACUAAUGAUUUUACCUGCUUGGUUCAGAUAAUAAGCUCAUUAGUGAAAUCAGGUGGUGUAGCGGACGGUUGGAGUAAAUACCUGCGGACACUGCGGCUCGCAGGACGUGGAGUUAAGUAGCGUUGGCCGACUGAACGAUCUGCAGGUGGCAGGUUUGAAUGUUCAUUUUAUCGGUCUACACUAGGGCUGCCCUGUUCCUGGAGAUCUACCAUUGUGCAAAUUUUCAUUUCAGCCCUAAUUUGAUUCUGAUUCUACUAAUUAGCAGCUCAAUGAGAGCUCUAGCUGUUAAAUGUGUGCUUUGUUAGGGUUGGAGUGAAAAUCUACAGGUAGAUCUUCAGGAACAGGGUUGGGCAGCCCUGGUCUACAUGGUAAAAUCCAUAAACUCUUACAUGGUCCCAAAUGAACUCAUAGUACUGUUAUAGUCCAAUUAAAAUUGAACAUUUUACUGUGUAGGCAAGCUGAAUUGCCAGAAAUGUGCACACUUAAUGUGCUCAUUAGAAAUUUUCACAUCUAAAUUUCUUUUAAAUGAAAAUUUGAAUAUACAGCAGAUUAAACUUAAUGUACUAGCUAUUUUUAGAUAAACAUUGAUUAUUUCAAUUUAUCCUACUGUUUUAUAUGUACCUAGAAGACAAGAUAUUUUAUUAUGUUAACUAACCAUCUUUCAUACAUUUUUGAGUUCUUUUUUGUGGCAAUCUAGCCAAGAAAUAUCAGUUUCAUACUUCCACCUGAAAUAUUUCAGGUGGUGUUGUAGGACAGCUAUUAUAGUGGGUCAUAUUCAUAUUUGGCUGUUUAAAGUCAAAAUAAAUAAUUCAGGUGUAAAAAGGUAAUGUUGAAAAUUGCUUAAUGAUGUGCUAUUCUGUGUACCACGAUGAAGAAUAGUUUCUGUAUUCCUAAAGAGGCUGUGCUGUUGUAUAAUGUCAACAUAUUGCUGAGACAACCUGUAUUUUAUUAUAUUAUUUAUUUAUUGCUUUGAGUACAUUUGAGCAUGGCCUCAAGGAGUUAAUUGUGUUUUCAUGCAGUGCCAUCAAUAAAUAUUUCCCCCUUUCCUGA